CCCCGUCGAUGACAUCGUUGACCUCACCAGCUCACCUGGUCCAGUUUCAGGCCAGAAAGAGGAUCUUAUUGCAAUAGUCCUGACAAAUCUCCAGGCUCAGUCUAUUGAAGAGCUGAAACAGCAGAGGUCAUAUCUGAAGCUGUUUAACAAACAGUGUAAAGAACUCCAAGAGCUCCGUAAGAAACACCUGAAGAAGGUAUGGUCCCUGAGUAAAGAACAGAAGAGUCGCUUUAGCCAGCUCCACUCUGACACACAGAAACAACGCAGUCAGAUGGAGAAACACCUGAAAUCCAGCAUGAAGAAGAAGGAGUCAGCAGAGCCGGUGCAGAGGCAGCUGACAGCGUUGGAGGCGGAGCUACAGAAACAGACAGUGCAGCUCAGGGAGUGGCAGAUGGAGGAGCUUCUCAAACUACGACAACAACAACACUCACUGGAGAGAAAGAAGAGACACACACACCUACAAGAGCUGUCUCGGAAACUAGAGGAGACGGCCCAGGAAUGCCAGCCGGCUCAACUGAAAAACCUCAAGGACAUCUGUGCUAGAGAGAAGAAGGAGCUUCAGAAGAUUCUAGACAGGAAGAGACAGAACAGCAUCAC